AUGCUGCCGUACAUCAACGUCCUAAAGCUAGUUGCGUCAUUCCUGUUGUCGUACCCUUUGGCGGCCAUCCUCAAACGAAUUCCGGACGGGCAACCAUGGAAGAAGAACGCAUUCAUCGUGGCCGUGUCCCUCUUUUACCUGGUCGGACUGUUUGAUCUGUGGGACGGGGUGCGCACGUUGCUGUACAGCGCCGUGGGCACGUAUUUGAUCGCCUACUAUGUGGACGGCUCCCUGAUGCCCUGGAUUGGGUUUGUCUUUCUGAUGGGACACAUGUCGGUGAGCCACAUCUACCGGCAGAUUCGCAACGAUGACUCGAUAGUCGACAUUACCGGGGCGCAGAUGGUGUUGGUCAUGAAGCUGUCUGCAUUCUGCUGGAACGUCCACGACGGCCGUUUGCCGCAGAGCGAGCUCUCGGAUGCCCAGAAGUACGCUGCCAUCACCAAGUUCCCGGAUAUUCUCGACUAUGCGGGCUACGUUCUCUUCUUCCCGUCCCUCUUCGCUGGGCCCGCUUUUGAGUAUGUCGAUUACCGUCGGUGGAUUGAGACGACCCUGUUCGACGUGCCUCCGGGGACGGAUCCAUCCAAGGUUCCGCCGACGCGGAAGAAGCGAAAGAUCCCACGCAGCGGACGGCCGGCACUGAAGAAGAUGAUUAUCGGGUUGUUGUGGAUUUUCGCCUUCCUGAAGCUGGGGCCCAUCUAUCAUGCUGGCACGGUCCUCACUGAGGAAUAUAUGAAGUACUCUUUGCCCAGACGGAUUUGGAUACUGUACAUGGUUGGAUUCGUGGCGCGAUUCAAGUAUUAUGGCGUUUGGGCGCUUACGGAGGGUGCCUGCAUCUUGUCGGGCCUUGGUUACAACGGAUUUGACCCGAAGACAGGCAAGGUGUACUGGGACCGACUGGAAAAUGUCAACCCGUGGGGGCUUGAGACGGCGCAGAAUGUCCGUGGUUACGUGGAGAAUUGGAAUAAGAACACGAACCACUGGCUGAGGAACUACGUCUAUCUGAGAGUGACGCCCAAGGGGAAGAAGCCUGGGUUCCGAGCGAGCUUGGCGACGUUUACGACGAGUGCAUUCUGGCACGGUUUCUACCCGGGAUACUACCUGACGUUCAUUCUGGCGUCAUUUGUGCAGACAGUUGCGAAGAUAGAAGACUUCCGACGACACGUGCGACCCUUCUUCCUCACCCCGGACGGCACCAAGCCCACUCCCUUGAAACCAUACUACGACUUUGUCUCCUGGCUGACGACGCAACUCAUCCUCUCCUUCACCGUGAUACCGUUCCUCAUCCUGUACUUCAACGACACGAUCCACGUAUGGGCGCACGUCUACUUCUACGGUAUCGUCGCCGUCGCGGCGGCAGUCAUCUUCUUCGCCAGCCCGGCCAAGGGCUUUCUCAUCCGGCAGCUGAAGAAACGGAACCAGCCGUCCCCGACGCCGCCGCAGAAAGCCAACCAGGAAUCGGCCGCGCAGAAGCAGCCGAUGCUCGGCCUGCCGGGAGACCCGGAGAAGGAGGUCGAAGACGCGGUGCGCGAGAUCGCGAGGUAG